AUGUCCUCUGACACGUUCCAAGGCUGGGUAGCCCACGACGCCACUAGCCCAUUACAAUUCACAAAAUUCACCCCGAAGCCAUUCACACCAAGCGACAUCGAGAUUCGCAUCACUCAUUGCGGUAUCUGUGGAACAGAUGUCCAUACUCUCCGUUCCGGCUGGUCUGCAACCGACUAUCCUUGUGUAUUGGGCCAUGAGAUCAUUGGGGUAGUCGUCCGAAUUGGCUCCGGAGUUGCGACGCUUGCAUCCUCGCCGGCCUCUAGGGAGAUUCGGGUGGGCCAUCGCGUCGGUAUCGGUGCGCAAAGCAUGUCCUGCUUACGCGCUGACUGCGAGGCAUGCGUAGCUGGGAAGGAGAAUUAUUGCUCCCGCAUAACAGGCACAUAUAACGGGCGAUACCAGGACAAAAGCAAGUCAUAUGGCGGAUAUGCAACCUUUUGGCGUGGCUCUGCUCACUUCGCUUUCAAAAUUCCAGACUCUUUGCCUUCUGCCGAAGCAGCGCCGCUGCUUUGCGGUGGAGUGACUGUUUUCCGGCCCUUGAAAAGGUACAACGCCGGGCCGGGAAAAGCAGUUGGCAUUAUUGGAGUUGGCGGGCUUGGGCACUUGGGGAUAUUGUUUGCUAAGGCAUUAGGCUGUAGUAGCGUAAUAGCUAUUUCGCGAACGUCUAGCAAACGGAGGGAUGCCGUGGAAGGUCUAGGUGCGGACGGGUUUAUUGCUACGGAUGAAGACAAGGAAUGGGCAAGGAUUCAUUCUCGCUCUCUGAAUCUUAUUAUCUGUACGGUAGAUGCCCCAGACCUGCCUUUGGGCAAAUACCUGCAUCUGCUGAAAGUUGGUGGCACGUAUGUUCAAGUUGGAGCUCCGGAGGGACCUCUACCGGGGGUGAAUGCAUGGUCAUUGAUUCAAAAGGAAGUUCAGAUUACUGGAUCAAAUAUUGGAUCUCCAGAUGAUAUUAGAGAGAUGCUCCAGCUAGCAGCUGAUAGGCGUGUGCUUCCAUGGAUUCAGAAACGGCCGAUGAGCGAAGUUAAUGCUGCUUUGGCUGAUAUGGAUUCUGGAAAGGCACGAUAUAGAUACGUGCUGGUAAACGAUGCAAACUUCAAUGAGGCAAAACUUUGA